CCACAAUUCUCCUCUCCACUCCCCCAACACCACACCAUGGCAUUGAGACUCGCAACCCGCCGCAUAGCGGCCACCCAGCCCAUGCUCUUCCGCCGAAGCAUGGCCACAACAAUCGAACACACCAAAGAACCCAUCUCCGCCGCAGCAGAAGCCACCUCGGCAUCGCGCCCACCAGAGCCCGCGAGCAAAUCCUCGACCACUGGCGAAAGCGCCAAAGACCCCAACGCAAAAAUCAAGACCUUCCACAUCUACCGAUGGAACCCGGACGAGCCCUCGAGCAAGCCGAGAAUGCAGACGUACACUCUCGACCUGAACAAGACCGGUCCAAUGAUGCUCGACGCCCUGAUCCGCAUAAAGAACGAAGUCGACCCCACGCUCACCUUCAGGCGAAGCUGCCGAGAAGGCAUUUGCGGGAGCUGCGCGAUGAAUAUCGAUGGCGUCAAUACUCUGGCUUGUCUCUGCAGAAUCCCAACAGAGACGAAGAAGGAAUCGAGGAUAUAUCCUUUGCCACAUACUUAUGUGGUCAAGGACCUCGUUCCGGAUAUGACGCAGUUUUAUAAGCAGUACAGGUCUAUUAAGCCGUACUUGCAGAGGGAUACGCCGCCGCCUGAUGGCAAAGAAAACCGCCAAUCCAAAGCCGAACGCCGCAAACUCGAUGGUCUCUACGAAUGCAUUUUGUGUGCUUGCUGCAGCACCUCGUGCCCUUCGUACUGGUGGAAUUCCGAAGAAUACCUCGGUCCAGCUGUGUUGAUGCAGUCGUACCGAUGGAUCGCGGAUAGCCGUGAUGAGAAGACGGAGCAGAGGAAGGAUGCGCUGAACAACAGCAUGAGUUUGUAUAGGUGCCAUACGAUCCUUAACUGCAGUCGAACGUGUCCGAAGGGGUUGAACCCGGCGCUUGCAAUUGCGGAGAUUAAGAAGGCGAUGGCUUUUUCGUAGAUGAAGGAUGACAGGACUGGAGAGGCGCUGAGGUAAAGGAGAGGUUACUACACUUGUUUGCGUGAAGCUUGUACAUAAAGUACGUGUAUCUGAUCACGUUGUUC